AUGGACACCGUGCUGGUAGGGGAUGACACUUAUCUUCUUAUUCUUCUCUGUUAUGAUGCAGAGUUAGAUGUAUUCGACCGUUUUUUCCAACCGGAACCAAGAGCAAAUUCCAGUAAGCGUCGAUCCUGGAAUGUAAAGUCAGUGAAGGAAAAGCUUGGCCAAGAGAUUUGUCGUCAUAUUCUUUUUAUCCAUGCUAUUAGUGGAUGUGACACGACCUCUCGAUUGUAUGGAAUUGCAAAGGUCUUCCACUAAAGAAGUUUGUCAGCGACACCCACUUUCGUGAACACGUCAAGGUGUUUGACAGUCUUCCAGCGUCAAAGGAAGAAAUUGUUAAGGCUGGUGAAGGACUUGAUGGAUUGCGAUUUCGUCGCUAUUGUGAAAAGGUGUCCACUGGUACUUUCCAGAUUCAGCCACAAAGCCUAACUCCUACUUCUACUGCUGCGUCAUACCACAGCAUGAGAGUCUACCACCAAUUUAUCCAGUGGAAGGGCAAAGAGAAACAAGUAACUGCUGAAGAAUGGGGUUGGAGAUUGAAUGAUGAUGGCCAA